CCUACCGACCGAGAAGAAACGAGUUACUACAUUCGAUCGCGCAGUCGGCCGUCGUAAAACCCGGAAACACACAGUGCGCGUCCCUCUGUUGAACGAGAACUCACUGCGCGCGCGAGCGAAAGAGGGAGCGAGACCGCGACACGCACGCACGGACGUACAUAUACGUACGCAAAACGAGCGAGCGAGCGAGCGAGCGAGUGAGAGAGAGAGAGCGAACGAGCGAGAAAGAAAGAGGACGGACGGCGGUGUACGAGCGCGAAUUUAUCGCGGAGUCACUCUCGAGCUCUCUUGGAGUUUCCGUUAGAGGAAACGCGCGCGCGUCUCUCUUUCUCUCUUUCGUCCACAUACGCCAGCACGUAUGACGUAUGCACCGACGGCGACAGACGCGGCGGGUACAUCGGUCAGCACAGCAGCGUCGUGCACGUAGAAAUGAGAAAGUCGUUGCUGCCGCCGCGCUGAGGAUUGGGAACGACGACGCGGGCCAGACGGACGAUUUCCGUACUAAGCGAAGCUACCAGAAGAACGAAGGCGGCGACAGUAGCAGCGGUACGCUGAGCCGAGCACGCACGGGGGAGCGCGAUCGCAGCUGCCGCUUCUUGACCUGUUCGUCGUCGUCGUCUCACCUGUCGAUCGUACGUACAAGUUUGACGGUGCAAGAUGAAUUUCACACCAUUCACCGGGUUCACGACACCGGGCACUGUUCAUCAGUUUGCUACGGCGAAAUUCGCACAAAAUCUCACUACUGGAGGACAAGUUGUCGGGGUGUUAUCCGGUGGUGAAGGUGGAGUCCACUACUUGAGGCCAGUAGACCCAAAUGGCUUUGCUGUCGCUCAGAGUGGCAACAAUCAGCAACAGCAGAUCAUCACGCUGCCCAUCACCGUGCCGGGGAAAGAUGGCACGCAGCAACAGCAGACGGUUCAGAUACAAGUCGUCAACCCCAGCGUAUCGCAGAGUGGAAACAGCGGUGAUCAACCCAAGUAUCAUUUGGCGCCGAUAUCGCUGGGACAGUUCCCGCAAGGGGCAGCUACCGUUCUCACCGUUGCCUACAGUCAGCAGGGUGCGGAUGGAGUUCAAAUUCAAGUACAACCGCAAAACACCGUAGCGACUACGCAAACGUCCGAUCAAACGACACAGAGUACGUCUACUGCUGUGACAACUACUUCCCAGCAGACUAUCCAACAAACUGUGCAACUGCCAGGAGCACCUGAGGGCUUAACCGUGGUCGCUCAGAUUCCGCAAGAUUUGAUACUGCGAGAGAGCAUAGAGGAGUCCAAGGAGGACGUGAAGGAAGGCACGACACCGGUAGCCCUGAUUAAACGAGGUAGCGUCAAGAGUCAAGGUAAUCAGAGCGGAGAAGAAUUCAUUACCUCCAUGCCCGCUAGCUGGCAGAGUCUCGCUGCGGGUUCUGCUCAAGUCGCGGACUAUCUGUCUCGACUGCCUACCAGUACCUUGCCCAUUAGUUUGCAACAUUUUCUCAAGUUCUCCGCGGAGACUAUAAAACGAGAAGCUACUAUUGAAUCUAGUCCGCUCGGGGCGGACGGUUUAGACACUUCUGGCGGUGCAACCUCGGGGGAGCAGGCGGUACAGAUUACAGUUGCUGGGGGCGAAACUGCGAUCAUUCCUGAUGUUGUGGAAGAGCAAGAGCCGGGAACGAAGCCGAAACGGAAGAAGAAGUAUAAGAAGAAACCUCCAAAGCCGAAGAAACCAAAACCAGGACAGGUGAGCAUAGUCACGGCUCUUGAUGGUACGACUCUGUUUUGUUGUCCUCAAUGCAACAUGGCGUACCCGGAGAAGGAGAGUCUGGAGCAGCAUUUGAUUGGACAUAAAAUCGAGAGGCGAUUCAUCUGCGACAUCUGCGGCGCUGGUCUUAAGCGGAAGGAGCAUCUGGAGCGGCACAAGUUGGGCCACAAUCCCGACAGACCCUUCAUCUGUUCCGUUUGCAUGAAGGGUUUCAAGCGGAAAGAACACUUGAAUCUUCAUUUCGUCAUACAUUCUGGACAAAAAACCGAGGUCUGCACCGAAUGCGGGAAAGCGUUUUACCGCAAAGAUCACCUGAGGAAGCACGCGAGAUCGCAUCUCGCCAAGCGCGCCAAGGAGGAUCCGUUGAACACGAACGACACCACGCAGAAUCAACAGGCGGACCAACAGCAGCAAGUGGAGCAAUUGCAACAACAGUCGUCGGUGCCCGAGUUGCAGCAAAUCCAGAUACAAGUGGGACAAGGAUCUCAAGCGCAGAUUCACCAGAUCUCCGUCAGCGAGCAGUCCACUGUGGUGCUGCCUACAGCCGCCGAAACCGGAGCUAUGACUAUGCUUCAUCAUCAACAGCAGCAGCAGCAGCAGCAGCAACAACAGCAGCAGCAGCAGCAACAGCAGCAGCAGUCGCAACAGCAACAGCAUUAGCAACAGCAUACCGCCCCGAAUCAGCUCGGGCGGUACUUUCGUUUCAAUCAUCAACAAGCUAGAGGUCGUGCAAAACAUGGUGUACUCGUUGAUUGAGUUGUUCUCAUGCAAUAGGCAAAUUGAUGUUAACGCAAACUUGGUUCAUCAUCAUUAUUGCCCGGUUGAUGAUUCUGCAAAGUCUCUCCGUUUGAA